AUGGAUUAUUUCCAAAUACAGGAAGCCACCUCAAGUAGAUGUGAAUUUUUGCUUGCUUGCUCUUUAGAGCCUUGUUGCAGGGACAUCGCUUGCCGAAACUGCCUAAUUGAUGUCAAAAAGUGUAUUGUGAAGAUUUCCGAUUUUGGUUUAUCGAAACAAGCGGAAACGUAUAAGAUACCUGACAAGGAGAAGCUCGCAAUCAAGUGGCAGGCCCCUGAAGUAAUUCUAACCAGGACAUACACAAUGAAGUCUGAUGUUUAUUCAUACGGUAUACUUCUUUGGGAAAUUUUUAACGACGGCGCAUCACCAUUUUGCGGAAUCAAAAAUAAAACAGUCGGCUUGAAGAUAUCUGACCCGAAAUUUCGCCCUGUUAUCAGUCCUAGCCUUCCUGUUCUCGUUGUGAGAGUGAUGAAGACUUGUUGGAGAGGAAACCCACAGAAAAGACCAAUAAUGGCGCAAGUGGCUCGCUACCUCAUCCACGCUCCUCCUGAGUUGUAA